UGAAAUGUAGCUAACAGCAGACCUGCAGCUGGGAAGCAGGCGGGCACCAGGCCGGUUUGAAAUGCGCUGACUUCCCGAGCUGUGGCUGGUUUUUUGUUUUUUUUUUUGGUUUUUUUUCCUUCCCCCGACCAGAAUCCACCCGGCUUGACUUUUUCCACUCGGCGGCAUUCAGUAACUCGAAAGCGCGAUUCCCUUAUUGCUCGCCGGGUCUCUUCUGCGGUUUGCUGCAUCCUCCGCGCGCCCAAGGAUGGCGGAGGCUGAAUUGCACAAGGAAAGGCUGCAAGCGAUUGCCGAAAAAAGGAAAAGGCAGACGGAAAUAGAAGGGAAGAGACAACAGCUCGAGGACCAGAUUCUUCAGCUGCAGCAUUUCAAG